GAAGUGUAAAAAAGACGUAUUAAGAAUAAGCCUUGAAAUUUUGGUUUAUUACAUAAAAAUGAAAACAGUUUUUCUUUUACUUUUGAAUGCACUUGAUUGGGAUGGGCCCAAGAAAUGCUAUUUGUUUUGUUAGGUGAGGCAUUAUAUAUGUUGAUAUCAUUUCUAUAUAUCUCAUGAUUGUCAGUUUCUUUGGGUGAUUCCCUUCCCCCUUCUCUGAAUUGGUAGCUGAAUAAGAACUGGAAGCAAGAUGUAACUUGCUGGUAGCAGAGCUUGACAGUGAAGAUUUACUCACACAGUUAGCUGUUCAAAACCCAUGGUUUUGGGUUUUUUUUAAUCUCUGGUUCUGCCACUUAGUUGACUUUUACUGAGUCUGUUUCAUCAUCAGUAAUAUUGAGUGGGUUUAGUAGUGGCUCCUCUAUGUACCUCACAGGAUUGUUGUGAAGAUUAAAUAAAAUAAGGGUUAGGAAAAUGCUCAAUAAACUAAAAAGCACUACUUAUUUCCAUAUGAUGACAUCCCCUGUGGUGCUAAUAUACCCAGGACUUUGUGAAGCAGCAAAAAUAAUGUGUGCCUCAGUUUCUUACCACUAAUGAUUUUGAGAGAGUGUAGUGGAUUUUGCAUAUCACAGGAUUAAAUGAGAGAAGGCAUAGCCUGGUACAUAAUAGGUGCUCAAUAAGUGAUCAUUAUUCUUCUAUUAGUAAGUAAUCUAUAAGGACUUAAAUAGUAAAAGUCUGUGAUUUGGUAUUUGCUUUUAUUACAGCUGAAUAAAUUUAUGCAGAAUUGCAUUCCUAUUUUGGUGUUAAGAUAUAGCUUUAGAAGGUAAAGUCAUUCAAAGAAAUAUGACACAUUUACAUAUACUUACAUAUUUAGCAAUAUAUACAGUUUUGAGUACUUAAUACAGCAUCUUCAAAAGAAUAUUAUACUUCAGUUCUGUAUAACUUUCCAAUUGAUUAAAGAUCUUGGUACUAUUGUAUUCUUGAGUCUCAGAAAUGAACUACAUUGUGACUUUUAUCAUAUUUUUCCUACAGGUACUUUUUACCAUCUGUGAAAACUUCGGUGUAAUUCAAUUUUCCUCACUUCCAUAUUAAGAAUUAUACCAAUUGAAAAGAUAUGAAUGAAUACCCUAAAAAAAGAAAAAGGAAGACUUUACACCCUUCUCGUUAUUCAGAUUCCUCUGGAAUAAGCAGAAUUGCAGAUGGAUUCAGUGGCAUUUUUUCUGAUCAUUGUUACAGUGUCUGUUCUAUGAGACAACCGGACUUAAAAUAUUUUGACAACAAAGAAAAAUCUGCCGAUGUUGAAAUUUGUGAUGAGGAGUGUGACUCACCUGAAUCACUCAACCAACAAACUCAAGAGGAGAGUCCUAUAGAAGUCCACACGGCUGAAGAUGUUCCAAUCGCUGCAGAAGUGCAUGCGAUUUCUGAAGAUUACGACUUAGAGGCAGAAAACAAUUCCUCUGAGAGUCUCCAAGACCAAACUGAUGAAGAGCCACCGGCUAAACUUUGCAAAAUUCUUGACAAGAGCCAAGCUCUGAAUGUGACUGCCCAGCAGAAAUGGCCUUUGCUGAGAGCUAAUAGCAGUGGCCUCUAUAAAUGUGAACUUUGCGAGUUCAACAGCAAAUAUUUUUCUGAUUUAAAGCAGCAUAUGAUCCUGAAGCAUAAGCGUACUGAUUCAAAUGUGUGUCGAGUGUGCAAGGAAAGUUUCUCUACCAACAUGCUUCUGAUCGAACAUGCCAAACUGCAUGAAGAGGAUCCCUACAUUUGUAAAUACUGUGAUUAUAAGACAGUAAUUUUUGAGAACCUCAGCCAGCACAUUGCCGACACCCAUUUUAGUGAUCACCUUUAUUGGUGUGAGCAGUGCGAUGUACAGUUCUCCUCAAGUAGUGAGCUCUACCUGCAUUUCCAGGAGCACAGCUGUGAUGAACAGUACUUGUGUCAGUUCUGUGAACAUGAAACAAAUGAUCCAGAAGACUUGCAUAGCCAUGUGGUAAAUGAACAUGCAUGUAAAUUAAUAGAGUUAAGUGAAAAAUAUAACAAUGGAGAGCAUGGACAGUACAGCCUCCUGAGCAAAAUUACCUUUGACAGAUGUAAAAACUUCUUUGUAUGUCAAGUAUGUGGUUUUCGGAGUAGACUUCAUACAAAUGUUAACAGGCAUGUUGCUAUUGAACAUACUAAAAUUUUUCCUCAUGUUUGUGAUGACUGUGGCAAAGGCUUUUCAAGUAUGCUAGAAUAUUGCAAACAUUUAAAUUCACAUUUAUCUGAAGGGAUUUAUUUAUGUCAAUACUGUGAAUAUUCAACAGGACAAAUUGAAGAUCUUAAAAUUCACCUAGACUUCAAGCAUUCGGCUGACUUACCUCAUAAAUGUAGUGACUGCUUGAUGAGGUUUGGAAAUGAAAGGGAAUUAUUAAGUCAUAUUCCAGUCCAUGAGACAACUUGAUUAUUCUAACUUCCAUAGUGUUAAUGUAAAAUAAUAAAUACAGCAUUUUUGGAGAUGUUAAAAAGGAUGAUUUUAAACAAUUUAUGAGAACUGCCAUUAACAAGCAAGAUUUUUAAUUGUCUAAUUCUUUUGGCAUGGCUACAUUUUUCAGUAUAUGAAUGUAUUCCAAAAUACGAUAUUUUCAGUGCAUGGUAACUCAUAGUUUUAACCACUCUUUGGGUCUAUUAUCCUGUGCAUGUGCUCUGAUAUCAUGAAUGGGUAAGAACCAGAUGAACUAAAAAUACUAGACGUGUUUUCCUUCCAUAACCAUUGGUGCUGUUAACUUUUUAAACUCAAGACAAGCUUAGUUUUUCAUUUAUGAAGACAUUAAAGUACUGCAGAACCAAAACUAAAAUGUAACGUAAUAUACAAUUAAGUCUAAUGGUACUCCCAUCAAUAAGAACCCAGACCCUCCUUUUGUAUUCCCCAUCAGUAAUUCCCAGGGCUCUCCAUCUGAAUGAUUCUUUUAAUAACACUAGAAGGCCAGUAUUCUUGGCAGUCUUUUUUAAUUCUCACUUUUUUUAGUCCUUAUAUAUAUAUUAAAUAGUGUAUAUAUGGUCAAGAAUUUAAGGUGGGGGGGUGGGGAGGAACUGGUAAGGGAUGCGACAAUGAAAAAGUAACAUUUCAGAAUGCUUAACCUGUUCACAUUUCAUUUUCAGUUAUACAACUGCAAAGUCAUGUCCAAAUUUUUGAUUUCCAAUUAUUUAUUGACUGAGAAAUUCCACUGGAGUAUUAACACAGAAUUAGGAAGAUCUAGGCAAUAAGGGGUUGCUGGCAUGAUAAUGUACAAAUUACUUUUGAUAAAGGUAAAAUAAUCUUAGCUCUAUAUUAGUUUCCUGUGGCUGCCAUAACAAAUUAUCACAAACUGUGUGGCUUAAACAACAGUAAUGUAUUGUCUUAUUUUUAGAGACUAGACUUUGAAAAUGUUGGCAUAGUUUGUUCCUUCUGAGAGCUGUGAGGGAAGGAUCUGUUUUGAGCCCCUCUCCUUGGUUUGUAGAUGGACAGUCUCAUGUUCACAUGGUGUUUUCCCUAUAUGCAGGUCAGUCUCCAAAUGUCCCCUUUUUACAAAGACAUCAGUCAUGUUGGAUAUGGUAAGACCAAUAUCCCCAAAUAAGGCCAAAUUUUUGAGGUACUGGGGCCUAGGACUUCUACAUAUGAAUUCUGAGGAAGUAGGGAGACACAACCACCAUAAUUCAAAAGCAGCUUCUUAAAUAGUAUCAAGAAGGUAAAAUUUUGCAUAUCACUGGCUUCAAAUUUAAUAAAAACUGCAGCUAACAAUAUUGUUCAAGAGUAUUGAUAAAGUUGAAGAAACCAAUUUAUGACCUAUGAUUUUCCACUUCAAAAACAAUAGGAAUUUAUUUUGAAAAAGUUGGCAGCAAAAAGUACUUUUAGAACCAACCAUUUGUUUCUCUACUGUUUUGUCAUGUAUGUAUAUGUCUUCUUACAAACUGCCAUCCCAUCUGAUUAUAACUUUCCAGGUAGAGCUGUCGCAUACAAAUGUUUCUUAGAAGACUUAAAAUUAUAAUAGUUUAAAUUAGAAACCAUCUCAUCUAAACCCUCUGAUUUUCUAAGUUUCUUGUAUAAAUAGAAACGUAAGUUAUUGUUGGGUCAAGGACACAAAACCAUUAGAGCAGACAGGAGGGAAUCCAAGUUAUUUGGCUUCUGUUCUAAUGUUUCCAUUACACUAUGUUACAUAAAAAUCCAAGCUUUGUCCUUGGGGUAUUUUUCAUGGCUAUUUAACCUAGCCAUUCAGAUGCCUUCUUGGUAAUUCUGUUUUUACACUUGUUUGGUAUAUAUCAAACUCCAGGAAUUUGAUUUUUAGGAAACAAACCUUAAAUAAGUAAUGCCUUAUUGGUUUUGUAAAAUUCUGUAAUUUAUUGCUUUGCUUUGAUCAGGUAUUAGUAAUCAAAUUUAAAAAGACUGUAAUGAAACUAAACAUAUUAAAUCCAAGUUUUAAAAACAUACAAACAUUUUGUAUUUUCGAUGAAUCUGCAGCUUGAAGUGAUAUCCCAUUGACUGCUUGUCCCAAUAAAAACUUUUGGCUUUGAUUCAGCUUUCAAA